CCUCCCACUGGGAGCUACUACGUGAAUAGCGCAAUGGCGGACGUGUGGACCCUGCCCACGAGUAUGGUACAAAAGAUUCCGUUGGACACCAGCAUUUCUGGUACCGCUCCACCGCUGUGGGUUCGUUCCGAAGGGAGCCUGUUUACAACCAACAAAUAUGGCCUGGGCAAUGGUAUGGGUGACAUGCGCAUUCGCUUCAAGGGCAACAACUGGAACAACGUGGCUCUGUCAGUGCUGGGGAAGAACGUGAUGGGUACUAUCCAGGACUGGGUUGCACCAGAUGAUUGGCUCUGCUCCGGAUAUACUUUGAAGGAUUUGAGGAUGGGAACUAUGGAGAUUUCCAAGAUGUGGGAGAUGCAAAGGGCUGAGUCCAGCGGCAUGACUUGGGCGUUGAGGUUCGUGGGCUUCGCCUUAGCAUGGAUCGCCUUCUGCUUGUUGGCCGGACCUCUGGAGGUGGCAACAGACUGCAUCCCCUGCAUCGGCCCCAUGUUGUGCAACGCCGUCAGUGCCAUCGCAUGCUGUGUCUCCUGCCUUCCGGCGAUAGCUUGCACCAUGGGCGUGGUGGGCGUGGUGUGGAUUGUGAUGCGGCCGAUGGUUGGUAUCCCGUUGAUCAUCAUUUUCUUGCUUGUCAUGAUUGGCAUGAUCGUUUGGAAGUGCUGCUUCACGAAGAAGAGCAAGAAGGUCUACGAUUCGGAAGGCCAGCAAGACGAUCCCGGAACGGUGGUGGGCAAGCAGGACGUCGAAGUGAAGCAAUACAGCGGCCCAGUGGAUGAAGCAUUGGCUCGGUCCUUCAUUCAUGCCUUGAGAGCGGAAUACGUGCAGAAUGAAGCAGGUGCCGUAGGCGUGGUCUUUGAUGCCAACGGUAACGCAGAGGGUGCCCUGGGUCCCUACGAAGAAGAGGUGCGCGCCGCAGGCGACAAGGCGGCUUGCAUCGAUUCCAUCGCACAGCGAUGGAACCUCGUGAUCUAAGUGUGCCAAGAUGCAGAUUGGAUGCGCUUUGCAAGAGUUCACC